AUGAAGUCCAACAUGAAUCUCAAGAUAUUGAAGUUAGCGGUGGUGGAGAUACUGGCUCAGAGUGGAUUUGAUAGGACGACGGACCAAGCACUCAAUGUGCUUGCCGAUGUGAUGAGGCUUUACAUUGAACAGCUUGGGCAGCGAAUGAAGCAAAGGCACGAGAAGGGUGUUGUUGCAGAGCUGAUGUACGGGAUUAUUGUUGAUGAACUGUAUGACGAGAGUGAGUACCAGAUUGCAGAGAUGCUUUCGUUUCUACGCUACCAGAUUACGAUCAAGAACUAUCUCAGUGAUAGAUACAAUGUGGGAAGCGAGGAGUCGAUUCUGCAUGUGCUGAGGAUUCUUCCGAAGAAUGCACAGCUUCGGAUGCUUAUGAGGAGUGGGGGGAGCUUGAGCGAGAUCAACAAGGUGGAAAGGGAUGCUCAUGAAGAGGGCCUGAGCAUUGAUGAGUUUACCAGAGGGUUUAUAGAGUCGAGCCUAAAAGAAAAUAGUAAAGGGGAAGAUGAAGAGUAUAAGUUUCAACUUGUUAGUUUUAUUGGAGAAGAGGAGGGCAUAAAGAAGGUUCGAAUAAGCGAUGGAGAGUUUAACGAGAUAUUGGAGGGAAGGAAGGAGAGGCAUGGGUUUUUUAAGCAGCCGGUGUCUUUUGCAAGUGAUUUCUGUGCGUGGAAGGACCGGCAUGUUUUCAAGGAGUAUGAGUGA